AUGUCAGCAACCUAUUUGAAAGGACUUUUUACCAGGUACAGAAAUCUUAUAGAGACAGAAAUUAAAAAGGCUGAUCAACUUGUGUCGAUAGAUGUAUCCGAGGAAGAUCCGACAGCUCUACUUAGAAAUGUUGAAACAUCAGUGAGACGGAUAAAGGAGUUCAGCGCCAAACUUGAAGAAACGAUGGAGAAGUGGUCAAUGUUGAUAGAGGGCCAAGAGACUAGACAAGGUGAACAAGAGAAAUUCAGUAAAAUCAGUGGGAAGGUGUUCCUUUCAUUAAAUGAGGCAAAUGAUCGCUCUGAGCAGCUCAUCAUUCUUGAGAAAACACUACAAGAAAAACUUACAACUCUGAAGAAACCUCCCGAUAUGACAGACCCAAGACUAGAUCACCUGAUUCAUUUACAAGCAAAGAUGCAGGAACAAAUUAUUCAUUUUCAAGAGCUGUCACUCCAACAACACAACCCAGUGGCAGACUCAGUGGCAGUUAAACUUCCAAAGUUAGAACUACCUUCCUACAAUGGAGAUAAAAUUAAGUUCAAGGAAUUCUGGGAUUCCUUUCAAGCUACUGUUCACAGGAACCAUAAGCUCUCAAACAUUGAGAAAUUUAACUAUCUCAGAAGCAAACUUACAGAAACAGCUCGACUAGCCAUAUCUGGACUUUCACUUUCAAAUGAAAACUAUGAUGUAGCUAUUUCUAUUCUGAAGGACAGAUUUGGAGACGUGCAAUCAGUUAUCAACAAACAUUAUGUUGAACUCAUUAAUACUCAGCCAGCUACCAAUGACACAUCAAGUCUGCGUAAGUUACAUGAUGACAUUGAGAGACACAUGCGCAGCUUGGAAGCUUUACAUCAGGAUGUCAACCAGGAUGUAUUCAUCCCCAUGAUUACCUCGAAACUACCCAAAGAAACCCUACUGCAGCUUGAAAUACAAAAAGGCUCACAGGAAAAGUGGACGGUGCAGAAACUGAGAGAUUUAAUGAAAAGUUACAUCACAGUGAAAGAAUCAGCAGAACUUCAAGCUUCUAGUGUUGUAAGACAUGAAGAGAGGCACACCACAACAGAAGCCUUAGUGAUCUCAACUAAUAAGGAGUCAGCAAUAAGACGAAACAGACCAACGAGAGUUCCAGUGAAACCUACAGUAUGCACCUUUUUUGAGGGUUCUCAUUGGACUGAUGAAUGUAGAAAAUACAGAACCAUAGAAGAUAGAAAACAGAGACUCAGGGGGAAGUGCUUUGUCUGCUUGAAGCCUGGCCACAGAAGUAAAGAAUGCAGAGUUGAGAAGACAUGUUAUCAUUGUAAGCAGCAUAUCCACCAUAGAAGCUUAUGUCCCAAGAAAAUACCUUUCCGUCAAAGAGAAAGUUCACACCUGACUGAAGAAAUAAGCACAACAGAAGAGACUUCGAAGUUUCAAAAGGAUUCGGAGAAUAGUUUAUUAUCAUCAGGUGAUAUUGUUUUGAUGCAGACAGCAAAAACAGAGGUUUCUAACCAAUAUAGUGAAAAUUCAGAACCAGCUAGACUUCUUAUGGACUCAGGAUCUCAGAGAACAUACAUAACAGAGAACUUAGCUGACAGAUUACAGUUGAAAAGCCAAGCAACAGAGAAGAUAUCCUUGAUAACCUUUGGUGCAGAAAGGCCUAAAAUAGUGAAAACACCUACAGUUUCCUUGAAACUGAAACUCAAGGAUGGACAUUAUUUAAGUAUUGAUGCAAAUGUUGUACCCACAAUUACAGGAACAGUCCAGAGAAAACCGGUUCCCAAAGACAUUCAAGACAGAUGUCAAACCCUGUGGAAAAAUCUACAGUUAGCAGAUACUCUACCAGUGAAGUUUGAAAACUGGACAGUUGACAUCCUGAUAGGUAAUGACUAUUACCUGGAUUUGUUACUACCAGAAAUAAUAGAAAUCCAAAAGGGAUUUUACCUACUUGCUUCUAAACUUGGAUGGAUUCUCACUGGAAGGACCCAAAGACCAUAUUGUAAAGAUGAUGAGCAAGUUAUGAUGAUUACCAAUGGGAAUUUAUCUCUCACAGAAUAUUGCCUCCAUUCCAGAGUGGAUGAGUGCCUAUCGGUGAAACCUUCCAUUGAUGAUUUUUGGAAUCUGGAGACAAUUGGAAUUCAAGAUUCUCCUUACACUUCAGAUGACGGAAAAGCCCUGAGAAAUUUCAAUAGCACAUUGAAGAUAGAAAACAACAGAUACCAGGUCACAUGGCCUUGGAAGGAAGAAUUUCCAGAUCUUCCAGAAAAUAGAGAACUAGCAUAA